AGUUGGGGAAACUGUCAGUGGUAAUCGUUCGUGUGGAUUUCGAAUAGUUAACAUCCACCUUGUUGGAUCAGCUCAAGUUCACGUGUGCGAAUAGUGGCUAACUAUGGUUCUAAAUGUACAACGAACUGUACCUUGUAACCAGUAAAACUUCCAUCCCCGGCAAUAAAUCUGGCUGAUGGUGAUGGCGCGUCGUCACGGUUCGAUUCCUGUUAGGACAAAAAAGCACGAUCUUUGUGUCGUUAUUAGCGUACUACACACGACAGCCCGGCAACGUCCACCAGUCACAAUUCGACGCCCCCGCACCAUCCACAGCGCCUCGAAUCAACCCUCCGUCGUCGUCGUCGUUGCUGAUUGAGAAGAGUUGUUUUGAUUGACCACAAGUUGGGCAGAGCUUGGCGAGUUGCAAAUUUUAUCUCGACUCGAGUGGUCGGAUCGUUUGUGCGGCGAAAAUAACGAAAAAUCGAAAACAGGUAAACAACACCUUCGAACGAAUCCAGAACGUAGGAAAGUUUGCGGCAGCUUAUUGGCAAAAAUUCCCAGCACAAGAGAACCUUCGACGAAGGAAAGCAAAAGUGAUUACAAGUUUUGUCGCCUUCGAUUGCACUUUAGUGCCCAGGAAUGAAUCAUCCGUACGUAGCAACAUCUGGACGUGCAAAACAAACAAGCAGAAAAUCGACCGGUACAUCUGAGAUAAAAUGCAAAUUAGUUCUCGAACAUCCCACGUGUUUGGAAACUAACUGUCACACUCACUAAUCGAGUACCUAAACCUAUCUCGGAUUGACCCAGAGAGCAUGAACCGUCACCAAGAAUUCCAACUAUUCGAACGUUUGGAGAAUCCAAACCUUCACAACAAGAAGGUAGAAGAGCUGUGAUGUGUGACUCCCUCGCAAGUCAGCCGGUUAUAGGAUCGAUUGGAUCCAAAAUAAAAUUCACUUGUCCAGAACCGUUCCAACCAAAAAAUUUUUUGAUUAGAGAGGUUUGAUUGAAUUCUUCUGUUUGGGGUUACAUAUUAAUCUUCUGUUUGAAAAAGCAAACAAGUGAAUGUGUUGUGUGAGUACGAAUUUAAAGUCCAUAUACAGCUGUUUUAGUGCAAUGAUCAGAAUCGACACCGACUACGAUAUGAAGAUUCGAAAAACCUCGCCAAUUCAAGGCCCCGGACGAGGUCGAACGAGAGUUGUUAUUUCGCCAGUAGUGGAAGUAGUGUGGAUCAACAUAUCAGUAUUAGAAGAUGCAGAAACGCAUCCGGAGAUUCCUGCGCGAAAUCUUGCUUAGUGUCAAUGUGAUGUAAGAAAAUAAAAUGAACAUCAUGGGAGAAGUGUUGUGCUGUUGUUUUCAUCUGCUGAUGGAGCUGCUGCCGAAAUUACAUGCGAUCCUGAGCUGCUGUCAGUGCUCGUCUUCCACAAGCAAUUCAGCCCAGGCAACGUCCUCUGUAAAUAGUCAAGAUUCACCAAGCGCACGAAACUCAUCUAACACCAACAACCAGAACCAGAACAACAAUCGUUUGCGAAGACUGCGUACAACUAGUCAGUCGACUUCGACAUCAAGUUUGAAUAGUUUGAAUAACAAUAGUAGCCAAGUAACUAGUAACGCUGGUCACCACAGUCCCGGAACCAGCAACAACACCGCCGGCGUCAAUCACAACAACAAUAACAACAGUCGCCACCCGAACAGCCGGGUUGAGAAAUCCGGUACCGGGAUAGGCAACAAUAGGUCAUCGGCUGGGCACGGGACCAACAGCUCAACCGCCAACACGGGUGGGAUAAUUUCGAGGGUUUUUGACAGUAGUAGUAACGCAGCAACGUCUUCCACCACGACGACGACGACAACGGCGGCCGGAAUCAGUCAUAAUCGCGGGUCACCGGGCGAAAAGAAACAACAAUCCGUCGCCAGCAGUGCCAACCAAACCCAGCAACCUUCCACGGGCUCCAAAAACAAUGACAAGAUGGAUGAAAGAAGGCAAUCGCAUCAGAAAACCCCUACCAAAGUCCAACAGCAGCUUCAACAGCGAGACAGCACACCGUCAGGGCGGAAGAAGCCAGUCAUCGAUCGACCAUGUUUCGAGCAACGGUUCCUGGAGGAACGAGCAGCAAACGAAGCGUCCAGCGGCGAUCAACAGUCGGCAGCAGUGGAUGGGGAUCCCGAUAAAAGCACACCCACUGCCACCAGUCCAGAUGAUCCUGAGGAAUCAGGACAGAAGAAAUCGGAACAAGGGGAUUCUCCCGAUCGCAAGGAAGCAGCAUCCGAAAAAAAGACGACGGACCUGCCCGAUCUGGAAUCGAAACCUCGAACCAAGGCCCUCACCAAUGAUUCCGGUAUAGAGGGCGAGCAGCCGCAUCCGCCGGCGGAUGACGAGCUUCCGGAGGAGAACCAUCGGGACGAAGCCAUAGUCGUCAACGAGAGACGGCGGAUAAACUCCGCUUCAGAAGCCAGUACCACGGAUGGGCCAAUGGCAAUCAUCCGUCGGCAUCUGGACUCGUUCGAAUCGGAUGGAUCCCUGGGCCGUUCGAAUCUUCGGUUCAUCCGUAAGAGCCUCGAAAACACGCUGGCCGUUCAGUAUUCGAAGAACUACAUUGACAACGAUACGAUUGAGACGGAGUAUCCGCGCAACUACGAUGACAACAUCGAAAUCCUGAGCCGGGAGGCCGAAAACCUGGCCCUGCAGUUUAAACCCUCGGAGGAAAAGUUGGUCCAGUACGGGCCGAUUUUCGAUCCAGAAAAGUUCGAGGAACAACGCAAACAGCAGAAAAAGGAUGACGACGAGGACGAAGCGAUCGGCAUUUCACCCUGCGGACGGUUUCUCAAGUACGACAAAGAAGUUGGCCGGGGGUCUUUCAAGACAGUUUACCGAGGGCUGGACACCCAAACGGGGGUAGCCGUAGCGUGGUGUGAGCUAUUGGAUAAAAAGGUCAAUCGAGUGGAGAGGGCUAGAUUUCGGGAGGAAGCUGAGAUGUUGAAGAAGCUGCAACAUCCUAAUAUUGUGCGUUUUUACAACUACUGGGAAUCGCCACCAACGGCUGGCAACAAGAAGAAAAAUAUAGUACUCGUCACGGAAUUAAUGUUGUCCGGCACACUGAAAUCAUACUUGCGCCGUUUCAAGAAGAUCAACCCGAAAGUACUCAAAUCGUGGUGUCGGCAAAUUUUGAAGGGGCUUCAUUUUCUUCACUCUCGUACGCCACCGAUAAUUCAUCGUGAUUUGAAAUGUGAUAACAUAUUUAUAACUGGGACGACGGGGAGCGUAAAAAUUGGAGAUCUCGGGCUGGCUACUUUGAAGAACCGUAGCUUUGCCAAAUCGGUAAUCGGAACGCCCGAGUUCAUGGCCCCUGAGAUGUACGAGGAACACUACGACGAAGCUGUUGAUGUUUACGCUUUCGGAAUGUGCAUGCUGGAGAUGGCCACCAGCGAGUAUCCGUACAAUGAGUGCAAUACGCCGGCUCAAAUUUACAAGAAGGUAACUUCAGGCAUCAAACCGGCUAGUUUGGAAAAGGUAGAAAAUCCGGAAGUUCGGGAAAUUAUCGAGCGUUGCAUCCAUGACAAAAAGGAAGAGCGGCCCACUUGUAAGGAUUUGCUUAACUUUGAAUUUUUCUGUGAGGAUAUUGGAGUUCGGUUGGAGCCAAUUUCCAAGGAAACCUUUAUUUCAAAUCCAGAUAAUACUAAGAUGGAGUUUAGACUACGUAUUUUGGAUCCGAAGAAACGUGUUAAUAAGCAUAAGGAAAAUGAAGCGAUACAGUUUGAUUUCGAUACGAAGAUGGACGAUGCUGAUGAAAUUGCUAGUGAUAUGCAUAAGAGCGGAAUUUUGAUGGAAGAUGAUUCGAAAACAGUUGCCAAGAUUUUGAAGGUGCAGAUCCAAACGCUUUUGAAAGAAAAAGAUGAACGUGCCCGGCAGAUUCAAUUGGAAAAAGAAACAGAAGCUCUGCAGAAGCAGGCAAUGCUGGCUCAGCAACUUUAUGCUAGUCAGCAAAUGCAACUGGAAAGCGAAGGACAACCAAUGGAAUUGGCUGUUCCGCAACUCAUGCAUGGAGUUCCAAUGGGUCAACAGCCUCAGCAACAGUUUUAUCAACCUUCUUCACUACCGGCUAGUCAAGCACAACAAAUUAUUUAUCAACAACAAAUUUCUGCUCCGGUCGGCAACGAACAGAUGAUUCAGAACUACCAGAGUCAGCAACAAGGUCAGUUUAUUAACCAGCAAGCUCAUCAGCAACAACAACAACAGCAGAUGAUGCAACAGCAACAGUUCCUUAAUCAAAUGCCUCAGCAGAUGCAACAACAAAUUCCCAGUAGUAUACCUCAGCAGUCCCAAACAAUUUCGGCGCCUAUAGUCGUACAAGCCGCCCAACAGCAGCAACCCACAGUCCCUCAACAGCAAGUAUUUAUUGAUCCCCAACAACAGCAACAAUAUCUGCAGCAAAUGCAUCAGCAGCAAGUGCUGAUUCAUCAGAUGCAGCAUCAACAAGUUACUGUUCAACAUCCUAACAACGUUCAGUUCGUCAAUCAAAUCACCCAACAACAGCAACAAAUCAUCCAGCAGCAACUGCUGCAACAACAGCUGCUUCAACAACAACAACUUCAGCAACAGCAACAACAACAACAGCAAAUGGUAAUGCAAGAGCAGUAUCCCACUCUAGAGCAACAACUGCAGGCAGUUCUUCCCAUCCAACAACAUCCUCCUGUCCAACAGCAGCAGCAGCAACAACAACCACAACAGCAACAGCAACAGCAACAAAUGAUUCCCAAUCAGCAACACUAUGUCCAAACUCAGCAACCCCAACAACAACAGCAGAUGGUUCAUGGACAAACUCUUCAAACGGCACAACUUCAACAACAUCAGAUGCACAUUCAGCAACAAAUUCAAGAUCAAAUGCAACUCCAUCAGAGUAUGCCAAAUCAAAUAACAAUGCUCCCUAAUGGACCGCAAAUGGUUGUGGCUCAUCAACAACCACAACAGCUGCAGCAGCAACAACAACAACAGCCACAGCAACAACAAUCCAUCACUCAUCCGACUGUACAACACGUCCAACAACAGCAAUACGUGGCACAACCUUCGCUUGUCAAUCACAUACCUCAACAACCUAUUCCAGCUGUUGUUCACCAACAACAACAACACCCUCAAACGAUUCCACAACCUCAACCUCAACCUGUUCAACAACAACAUCAGCCUGUUACACAGCAACCACAACUUCAACAGCAACAUCAACUACAGCAGCAGCCACAACAUCAACAACAACAACCGCAGCAACAAAUUUUGCAAUCGCAACAAGCACAACAGCAGCAGCAAAUUCAACAACAUCAGCAGCAGCAGCAAAUUCAACAACAAAAUCUUCAACAGCAAAUUUUGCAACAACAACAGCAACCUCCCAAGCCUGUCGAAUCUGCCCCCGUACCCAUUGCAACUGAAUCAACGCCAGCCGAACUUCAACCGAUGGCACAGCAAAUUCAGCAACAUCAAGUAUCGCCGCAACCAAUGCCAGCUUCAGCAACAGUAUCAGCAGGUUCAGUCGUAUCCUCCGCAACGGUCCCACAAAGUCAACCGCAACCCCAACCCCAACCUCAACCUCAACAACAACAACCCCAACCUCAGCCGCAACAACAACAGUCGAUCCAGCAGCAGGAUUCCGUUGCUUCACCAUCACCUUCGGCUGCAGCAAUUCCACCCCAAUCCGGUCAGCAGCAGCAACAACAACAAGGAGCAGCUAUCCCAAAGCGGCUGAUGAACGAAACUAGCAAGAAGCGGCGCAACUACCGGUCAACCGAGCGCAGCCCCAAGCUACAGGUGCUCGGCUUCGAGAACAACAUCGUCGAGUGCGAGAUGGAAAACCGACCCAAAACCAUUACGUUCAAGUUCGACGCCAACAACGUCAAUCCAGUCGAGGUGGCUCAGGAUUUGGUUUCUAAAGACCUUCUAACCGAGGCGCAAAGUUUAGUUUUCAUCGAGAUGGUUCGGGACAUUCUGCGGCAGCUGAAGGAAAAUCCCAAUCAGCUACCGGUGGCGUCCCAAUGCUGUCGCAGGAACACCGAAAAGGUGCGCCACGCGUCUCUAACCCGCCAGCGUUCAAACUUUAAAACACACCAGAGACAUAGAUCACGCGAUGAAACAUCCACAACGGGCACGAGCUUCUCGCACAUGUUUGAUCCGACUAUCAUUGAUCGACAAGCAUUGGCCACGGCACCGUCCACGAACACGACUACCAAUACGACCAACUCGUCGACAUCUUCUUCGCCACUGUCCCAGCAACAACCUCCGGGUUCAGCUAAUGGAGACUUUGCGGCCAACGGAGAACUGCAGAAGACAAGUUCGGUUGAUAGCAGUGGAAGUGCUAUGGACAAUGGAGCACUUGCUGGAGGCUCGGCAGACGAGGCAGUUAUCCAGCAGCAGCAUGGUUCGAAAGGAGAUCUUAAGGAUAUCGUCACAAUUGGAGAUUUGGGAGGAACUGCCGGAAAUGGAGAAAUUACUACCGUCACUCACGUUGUGAUGGAUGAUCUGGGUAACGAUAAUAACAGCAGUUGUGACGAAAAUUCUCGUAAAACCAGCACCAUUAGUACGGAUUACACGUCCCACGAAAAUACUCCGGAAAAUACAAUUACACCUGGUAGCUCAAUUCAGCAACAGUUUGUGUAUAGCGAUGCAGUUGCGGCUGCUCAGGAUUCAAUUGGCAACGAUGGACAAGGUCAAGAUAAAACUGAUCAGUGUAUUAUAACAGUGCCAUUAGGAACAUGUAGCGAUGAUAAUAGUAAACCCACUUAUACUACUUCUAAUAACAGUAAUACUGAUAUUUCUUCUAGUCAACAAGUUAGCACCCAAACGAACCCAUCUUUGGCUGCUAAUAACACUACUGCAAACCCUUCAACUAUUCCUGCUACAGGCGCUGUCCCUAUUAAUGGCGCCAUCGAUUCUCCAGUCGCUGAAAACAAACAGCUUCGGGAAAGAAAAAUGUCUCGAUUCUCAGUUACUCCGGUUGUUCUAGCGGUCGAGGAACCGAAGUCACAAUCAGUUGCCGUGGAUACUCCAAUGCCUCAACCGAAUCAAAAUGAAGUAUCGGAUGUCACCCAAACGAUUUCAACUUCAGAACAGGUUGUUUCCGAAUCCGUGCCUGUCGAAACACAGGUUUCCAACGAGACUGUUUUGCAACAGCAACAAAUGUUCCUUCAACAACAACAACAACAGCAGCAGCAACAAGCGGAAAUAUUCCAGCAGCAGAUGUUAAUAGAACAACAAGCACAACAAGAUGCUGAAAUAAUGGCUGCUCAGCAGUACCACAUUCAACUGCAGCAGCAUCAGUUGCUUCAAAAUGACAUAGCACUGAUGCAGCAACAUCAUCAACUGCAAAUGCAACAUCAUCAAAUCCACAUGCAGCAGCAGCAGCAACAACAACAACAACAGCCGCAAUUUGUCACCGAUGGAGCUAUGAACGAGUAUGAGCUUCAGCAACAGCAGGUCUAUCAACAACAACUGCAGCAGCAACAAUAUCAACAAACUGUCUUGCAACAUCAACAAGCGCAACUUCAACAACAGCAGUCGCACGCUUCGAUCACUUCACAAGCCUCGCUAGAUCAGGCCUCACGUGAAGCAAUGCCAGCGGCGUCUCGGAUGCCGGAAACGCUCGAGCAGCUCAAGAUCGGACUCGAGAACAUUACUCACGUACAUGUGAUCACGAGCAAAACGUCCUCCACUAGUCUGUCCAGUUUGUCUGCAGCUUCGCUCCAACAACAACAGCAACAGUCAAGCGACCAACAACUUCCGCCCAACGGUAGCAACAACGUCGAAAAUCCUCAAUUCUACCAACAGCCAAUGGAAUAUGUUCCGGAAGCGCAACCGGAAGUGAUUCAGGAAUUCACUACUGUAGAUAGCAACGCAAUGCCUUCAUUGGUAGCUGAACCGCCCAUACAACAGCAACAACAGCAGUUGCUCAAUUCCAUCCCGCUUUCGCAGGAUCCGUCAAUGUACAACUCACGACGGACAUCAGCUGAUAUUAACCUACAUCAAGCAGCGGUGCCACCAACUGCCAACAACGAAGUCGUCCAACAGCAGCAACAUUCACAAACACAACCAAACUCGCUACCCCACUCCGUAGCUGCGGGUAGUGCUGCCGGUAGUGACUCCAGUACUCCUAAUUUGCGGGAUCCCGAGAAACGACUGUCGAACCAGGGUAGUGUUGAUCGGAUAGACAGCUCUAAUUCGUUGGCCGACCUUCACCAGAAACUGACACAACUUACAUCAUCUCAACCCUAUGAUGCUCCGGUAAGUGGUACAGUUCCACCGACGCAGCCGAAGCUCCCACAGUUGACCACUUUAGAGCAUCAAACUACACAGCAUAACUCUGCGCUAUCCAGUCCGUCAGUGGAGCAACCAGAACCGCGAUUCCCGAAUGAUGCCAAGCCCAUGGUUCGCAAGGUAUCACGUUUCCAGGUACAAACUGUACAGGAAGCUGCUGCAUCAGAUCCGCACCAUCAAACUCCGAUGGCGCCUUUGAACAUCAACCAGGCAAACGACACUCAGCAACAGCAGCAAAAUUUGAGCUCAGGUCUACAACAGCAGACACAACCCGUAGCUCCUGCUAACUUCGCAUCCCCAACGGAGGAAAAGUUCAGUCAAACGUUCCCACAACCACAACCGCUGGUUUGUGAAGUACCCACUACCAACGACCUGGAAGCAAAGCUUAACCAAGUGUUACCCAUUACCCCGCAUGUGGAAGCUGCGCAACCAAAUUUCAACGCUGCUUUGCAACAACAACAGCAACAACAACAACAGCAGCAGCAACAACAACAGCUACAGCAACAACAACACAUGCAACAAUUACAUCAACAGCAGCAGCAGAUGUUACAACAACAGCAACAUCAGCAGCAGCAGUUGCACCAGCAACAACAGCAGCAGCAGCAGCAACCACAGAUGAUUUCAGCAGUUCCUAUUCAGCCACAGUCCCAACAAGUGAUGCAGCAACCUGCGGCGUCACAACAAUUUCAACAGCAACAGCAGUAUCAUCCACAGCAACAACAACAGCAGAUGCAUCUGCAACAGGUUCCUGCUCAAGUUAUUCAGCAGCAGCAGCAGCAGCCGGUUAUGGCGCCGCAGAUGGUACAGCAGCAACAACCGCCGCCAAUUGUCAACAACGCGAUGGUAGCACCGCAGAUGGUUUCGGUUCAGAAUGCUGGCAUUGGAGGAUACAGUGAGCAAUCACCACCACAACAUCAACAACAACCACAGCAACAACAGCUACCAAUGGCCCAGCCGCAACUGCAAGAACAGGCAUUUAACAGCGAUGACAUCGGGCAAAACUUGGUAGCCAUCCAAGGCUAUCUGCGUGCCAUGCAGUUGAUGCCCAGCGCUCGGCAACAGCUUCAGUUGCUUCUGCAACGGCAACACAUCGAGCACGAGGAGCUGAAACUGAGGCACUUUUUGGAAUUGGAAAAGUUUAUGAAGCAACAGAAGGAAGAAAUGAAACCAUCGAAUGUCACCAGUGGUGCACCGGCACCUGCCGCCAUGAAUGGUGCGCCAUCUGCUCCUGGUUCAGUUCCAGUUCAGGUUCAAGUGCCAGUGUCAAUGCAGCAAGUGCUGGUGCAACAACAAACUGCUAACAUGAUAGCUACCGGGGCAGCAGACAUCACAUCGCCUACGUUGGCCGUCAGUCGUGGGUUCGAUCAGGCCACUAUUAUGACACCUUCCUACAGUAGCUAUCAGAGCACCAUCGGAAGCACCAGCAGUGGGGGCAGUGGAGGAAUUGGUCCGACGGAAGCAGAUCUAGUCGAAGCUGCAGCCACGUUAGCGCUUGUCAACGAUGGCAAUACACACAAGUGAGGGGACUUGUGUUUCACCUAGAGUGUGUAUGUGUAUGUCUAAUUGUAUACUUUAUAUAUAUCACUAUUACGUAAGAGAGAUUGUCCCACUGGAGGCAACCUGCGCUGGGACGCGAUUUUCUUCCUAGAGGAAAUUAUCUCUGCUAGUAAAAAUUGUUUUCUAUUUAUACUCGAACGUUGUAGUAGCAAGAACAAGGAGGCCACAUUUUUUCUGGCUACUUUUUAAGUUUUCCACCCGCAGGGAGGGGCCGCUGCUGGUUGGCUGCUGAAAGCAUCCAACCUAGAAAAAGAGAUCUGUACCAAAAAAGCAAAAAUCUAGUGUUUAAAAAAAUUCUCUGUGACUGUGCAUGAUGUGGUUAUCAGUGCGGUGCUGCUGCUUAAUGGUUGCUUUAGGCGAAAGAAAACUGUCAACCUCGAAAAUCCAUCACGACGUACUGUGUUUGUUUCCAUAUAAUCCUGUGUGCGCAACGUUGUCAUUCCAAUUUCCUAGCAAAACAGCAUAUCCUUGAAUAUACCAAGGCUCUGUAAAACGAUUGAAUUUUACCAACCGAGUCUUUCAAACCCGUUAGACUCGGGUAGAAUGUUUAAAUUUCUAAAAACGUUUGAAAGGAUCAUCUGAUCUAGUUGGUUGCGCGUAGUCUUCUCCGAAUGUUGCAAAUCUACUAGCAUCACCAAUAGUCGAGAAGAAGAUAUUGAAAUGGAGUGAGGUAAAGAUGAGAGAACUAGGAAAAGAAAAAAACUCUGCUGGACGGUUUUGUUUCGAGACAUUAGACAAAAACAGAUAUAGAUAUUGUUGUUAUAAUUGUAUUUAAAGAGAAAAUAACAAAACUGAUAACGACUCUUACUCAAAGAAAAAAAAAAUAAAAGCAGCAUCCCCAUUAGAAACAAAUAAGCAAAAACUCAAAACCAACAUGCAUGAAUAACAAGAAAUGUAAAUAAUUUGCGAAAACUGAAUCCAAACACCUCUCCCACACAAACACACACACGCACGCAGAAGAUACUAUUGUGUAAAUUUUAUAUUCGAAUACCUAAGUAAUGUAAUAAUAUUUAGCGCUUUAUAUUUUCUAGACGAAAUAUGCAUGCAUUGUGAAAGCAAAAAUUGUACGUUUAUAAAUACGUGAGAGGACUGGCUAGACCCUUUCUAUGAAAAGAAAUUAUUCAAAAAAAGUAUAUCCAUAUAUUAAAACUACGUCGAUCGUACACAUCCAAAGCUUUGGAAAUGACUGUAUUUUUUUGUUUACUUGUGUAGUAAUCACUUUUUGUUUGAUUCUAAAAAAAUGAAAAACACCAUUCGGACUGCUUGUGUUGAGAACUUCUUACUAUUUUAUUUGGCAAUCAGAAAUUUCAAACUAUAGUAUUCCCAACAGCCCUAGAUAUAUUCAUUUUAAAGCCCUGAGGUCACUUUUUUGAUUCAAACGCAUGCCAUUCUGAUCAAUCUAAAAACAGAUAUAGCUAGAAAGUAUCUAAUAAUGAUUUUAAAAGAAAUUUUCAUGUACCAUCACUAGCUAAGAUAUCAUAGUCCCAACAUAAAAUCUCUUUUUUUUUAACUUAAUUAAUUUUAACUGAAAAAAAGUAAUCCUCAAAUCCAACAGCAAAUAGUAAGAUGAUUUCAACGAUAAUGUCAAACCGAGGAAAAAAAUUAAAUCAAGAGAAAAAAAACGAAUGAAAUUCUUAGUCCAAACACUCAUUUACAAACCAAAAUUCCACUCCAAAAAAAAAAAAAUAACUUAACGGAAGCUUUUUUUCGCGCUGACAAAACCAGCUGUUAAUCUACACAUAAAUUUAUCGAUUAGGAAUUUGAUUUCGACUCUAAUCUACGAACACAACACAAAACGCUUUAAAAUUAGGUAUCUUUAUCGGAAACGUAGAAGAAGUAAAUCGUUCGUGUUUCACUUUCGACUUGUCUCGAACUACCUAGCGGAAAGUUAAAUGAAGAAAGCAAGCAAAAUAAAAAUUAAUUGAACUUAAAGCUUCAACACAACCGCGCGCAGUAGUAGCAGGGCAGAAAGAAGAAAGUGAUGUUCUAGUAAGUCUAAAAGUCUAAACCAUAGAGUUGCGAAGCAAACGAAAAGUUUAAACAAGGAUCUGUGAGAUAACUAGUAGAUAGUAGUUUUAGGAACAUGAUGAUGGUCGAAAUUUUUUUUGUUUCAUUUUCUUUUUUCGUUCACAAGACGAGGAUGUUUGGCGUGGAAUAGACCGAAUCCGAAUGAUGAGGCGGUAAGGAAAAAAAUCGUGAGUAGCAUUAGGGUUUGUGUGAGGGCGAGUGUGUUUUGCGUUAUUUGGUGAGAAGGUAAUCCCCUUGAAGGAUUUCAUGAACAUCCAUGGUGUGUGGAAUCAGCUUUGGAUAAAGUUAUGUGUAGGGCGAUACAAUGAGUGUGUUUGUGUUUGUAUCGGGUUGUAUGUGCGAAGAAUGCGUGAACACACUGUGACUGGAAUGCAAUGAAACAGAGGAAGAAAAAACAGCGUUGGAAGAGAGGAAAUAUUCAUCGCAUAUGACCCAAAUUUGACAGGGUUUGCAUUACUUUAUUGUAUUAUAAUAUUCUAUUCUAUAUUAUAUGAAAAUGAAGGAAUAAUUAAGAUAUUAAAUAUCUAUCAAAAAUUAAUAAAAAUGCUGAAGCGCAAA